UGUUUCACACGGAGCUCUUCGCCGCGGAGACUUGUGGGGGAUGAAAAGUCAAACUGCGCUCAGAGCAGACAGCAGCGGUGUAACGGAGGAAGGAGUUGAGGGGGGACGGACGGACGGAGCAGACACCGGCCGGUCUGUGGACGCUGCACACAGGCAGACAGAUAGAGAGGGAGGACGAGUCACACCGAGGCUUUCUGGUGAAAAAGUUUGGGCUGCGGAGCCACAGAAGGCAUCAUGGUGGUGUCGGUACGGAGCUGGGUCGCCAACGAGGGAGGAAAGCACUUGGUCCUGAUGUUGUGGCUGGGAGCCAACACCUGGCUCUUUCUGAAGACCUUCCUGAUGUACUCCACUGGACCCCAGUAUCACUACCUCUACAAGAUGCUCGGGGCAGGGCUGUGCAUCAGCAGGGCGUCUGCGUCGGUGCUGAACCUGAACUGCAGCUUGGUGCUGCUGCCCAUGUGUCGCUCCCUGCUCACCUUUGUCCGAGGAACACACACGGUAUCGAGCAGAGAGACUCGCAGACUGCUGGACAAGAGCAAGACCUUCCAUGUGGCAUGUGGAGUUGCCAUCUGCAUCUUCUCUGUCGUACACGUGUCUGCCCACCUGGUGAAUGUUGUCAACUUCAGUGCAAGCUACUCAGACGACUUUCCUGCUCUCAACUUGGCUCGCUACAGAGGAGAGGACCCCAAGCUGAUCAUUUUGACUACAAUCCCAGGAGUCACCGGCGUCCUGUUGGUCCUCAUCCUCUUCCUGAUGUUCACAUCUUCCUCCUACUGCGUACGGCUGUCCAACUAUGAGAUCUUCUGGUAUACACACAACCUCUUCAUUGUCUUCUACAUUAUCCUCAUGGUGCACAUGGUCGGAGGAGCUCUGAAGUAUCAGACCAACAUAGAGUCCCACCCUCCUGGCUGCCUAAGAGCCAAUCAGAGCAGCUCAGAGCAGCAGGGCGAGGAGCUGGAGCAGGGUGAAGAUGAAGAAAGGAGAUGUGGAGAGGAGGCUCAUUUUCAGCCACACUACCCCCAGACGUGGCUUUGGGUGUCCGGUCCUCUCUGUCUUUACUGUGCCGAGCGCUUGUACCGAUACAUCCGGAGCAGCAACCCUGUUACCAUAGUGACAGUCAUCAGGCACCCCUGUGAUGUCAUUGAGUUACGCAUGCUGAAGAAGAACUUCCAAGCUCGUCCCGGACAGUAUAUUGUUCUAAACUGUCCAGGUGUCUCUUCAUUUGAGAACCAUCCCUUCACGCUCACAACAUGUCCCACAGAGAACAAGGAAACUUUUGGCAUCCAUCUCCGGGUCGUGGGAGACUGGACCGAGCGCUUCACACAGCUGCUACUUCCUGGACCAAGGAUAGACUUGGAAAUCCUUCCCAUGGUGCAACAGAGGAGAUACCCCAAGCUUUACGUGGACGGUCCCUUUGGAAGUCCAUCAGAGGAAGUGUUUAACUACGACGUCAGCGUCUGUGUGGCGGGCGGAAUAGGAGUCACGCCGUUCGCCUGUGUGCUGCACGCUCUGCUAGACGGCUGGACGGGUUUCAGGUUGCAGAGGUUGUACUUUGUGUGGGUCUGCCGGGAGCUCCAGUCCUUUUACUGGUUUGCUGAGCUGUUGUGUGCACUUCAUCACAAGCUUUGGCAGGAAAACAGACCUGACUACUUUAAUCUGAAACUGUACGUCAGUCAGACUGACAACCUGCAGGGCAUGUCUGAGGAGAAGUACCGCCCACUCACCUCGAGGGUGCUGGUUGGUCGACCCAGGUGGAAGUUAAUGUUUGAUGAGAUUGGGAAGACCAAUAAGCAUAAGCGAGUCGGGGUUUUCUGCUGUGGGCCAAAGGGCAUCUCCAGGACUCUCCACAGACUGUGUAACUCAACAAGGUCCUCUGGAACAACCUUUGAAUUCAACAAGGAGUCCUUCAGCUGAUCAAACACCACAGCUGCUUCAAAAAAACACAGCAACUUUGCCAUUUGAAAGAUAUGAAACCAAAAAAAAUUGAAUAUUCACAGACUAUUUUGUCAUUUCAUAAGCAAUCCCGCUCAUGGUUCAGAAGAGUCGCUGCAGGACAAGACCUUAACAUGCAGCAUGAGGCCUGUUCCUUCAUACCAACCAGCCCGACCCCCAACUGAAAGCUGUAAAAGCUUCAACUUCAGCAACGGAUACAAUCAACCUCAAACGGAAGAGAAAAACUGAACAGACUGAAGACAGUUGGGAUUCUCCCCGACACAACAAGAUGAUGAUAUUAUACAAGAGGGAAUUCAUCUUUAAGUGGACCAGGUCUAAAACUUUAAACAAGGACCAGACAAACUGUUUUUUAUCCAAACAUU